CGUACGAAAUGCAUUUCCAUUCAUAAAAACCAAUCAAAGCACUAAUCAGCUGAUAGGACGUCUCGACGCCGACGAGAAGCACACUCACACACACUUACGCCACGGUCAGGGCGACCAGCGCAUAACUGUAAACAUAGCGGUUCAUUAUCCUUUUUGUUUUGAUCGAUCGGUUCGUUUCGUUGGUGGAGCUGUCAUAAAUUUUCAUUCGCAUUCGAUUCGUCCAAUCGAAAAGAGCGGAUUUUGUUUGUGUUUUGGUGCGAGACGCGCAGUCGAGUCACACAGUCAGAGAUUGCAUUCUUCGUGCGGUUUUGCUGGGGAAAGUCUUCACGUCGUCGUCGUCGUCGCAAUGUCGUUCCAUCGGCGUUGUGGAAAGCGAAUUACGCUGGCCAAUAACAACCGGACGGCCAUGCGAAACAUCAGCGAGUUCAACCACGGGCUGGUGCUGAGCGCCGAGCCCUUGCAGGACGAUGUGCUGUUCGAAGUGCGGAUUGACGAGAAGAUUCACGCUUGGAGCGGUAGCAUAGAAAUCGGCGUGACUACCGUCAAUCCGGAAGCGACGGAGUUGCCACCAUGUGCUACGAAACUACGCAGUGGAACCUGGGUGAUGUCCGGCAUUUCUGUUCUGAAGGAUGGACUUUCGCUCAUGGAAUACUACGGAUCAGACUUGGACAAAUUAGGCGAGGGAGAUCGAGUGGGAGUGGUUCGAACGGCCCAAGGGGAGCUGAUUUUCUACGUCAAUGGAGAAUCUCAAGGUGUGGCAGCAGUCGACAUUCCGAAAAACGUUUACGCACUGGUCAAUUUGUACGGUAAAUGCGUGCAGGUUUCAAUCUGCCCAUCGGACAGUUUGGAAUACAGCAAUGAAAAUACACAGAUUUCACAGAACAUUGACAUUGCCAUGUCGGUGGAAAUGUCCGUCAGUGCCAAUGCCAAUGGGGGAGGCCCCUCCGGAUCUGGCGCAGGAUCAGACUCGAUGGAUCCAAACGACAAGUUACGCUUUCAUACGCGUUGUGGAUCGCUGGUCAAAUUGAGUGCAAAUUGUCGAACGGCGGAAAGGCGACGACCACUGGAUGAGUUCAACAAUGGAGUUGUGAUGACCCAUCGUCCGUUGCGGGAUAACGAGCUGUUUGAAAUAAGGAUCGAUAGGCUGGUAGACAAAUGGUCCGGCUCGAUAGAGGUCGGAGUGACAACACAUUGCCCAUCGGCUUUACAGUUCCCUGCUACUAUGACAAACCUCCGAAGCGGAACCAUCAUGAUGUCCGGAUGUGGCAUCCUUACCAAUGGCAAAGGAACUCGCCGAGAAUAUGGAGAGUUCAACUUGGAUGAGCUGCGUGAGGGCGAUCGCGUUGGGAUGAUGCGCAAGUCAAACGGAAAUCUUCACUAUUACAUCAACGGUCGAGAUCAGGGAGUGGCAGCAACCCGGGUAGCCCAAACGCUUUGGGGUGUGAUCGACCUGUAUGGCAUGACCAUCAAGGUGACUAUCGUUGAUCGCGAUGAACGCGAACAGCAGAACCUAGUUACAAGGCGGAACAAUCUUAUGAGUUUGCCUGUUACGGAACAAGAACUGAUUCCAGCAAGUCCGGAAGUGGACUUCAGCCAAUCGGAUCGCUUGCUUUUCCAUCCCAUGUGUGGAUCUCAUGCUAGUGUAACACACAGUGGAAGAACUGCGCUACGCCCGAAUGCUUCGGAUGAUUUCAACAAUGGAGUUGUGCUAACCAGACGUCCCCUGAGACCCAACGAGAUGUUCCAGGUUAGAUUAGAACGAGUCGUCACUAAGUGGGCCGGAUCUGUUGAGAUGGGUGUAACAACCCACAGCCCAACGGAACUGGACUUUCCAUUCACCAUGACUAAUGUGCGCUCCGGAACAUGGAUGAUGACGGGUAACGGAGUGAUGCACAAUGGCAUGACCGUCAUCGAACAAUAUGGACAAAAUCUCGAUCGUUUGCAAGUUGGUGAUCGCGUUGGAGUCGUCCGAAAAGAUGAUGGAACAUUACACUUUUGGGUCAACGGUGUAGACCAGGGCCCAGCAGCUUCAAAUGUUCCGGAGAAGGUCUACGGUGUUAUUGAUCUGUACGGUCAGGCAGCUCAAGCAAGCAUCGUUGACACUUCAGAGUGCGGAACUCCAGAUACCGGCAAUUCGACAAUUUCAAAUACUACGCUUUUCAGUAGCGAACCUAAGCUGAAGUUUCAUUCUGUUCACGGGAAAAACGCUCGGAUCUCAAACGGUGGAUUGACGGCUUGCCGACCAAAAGCUUUGGCGGAGUUCAACGACUCGAUCGUUUUUAGCAAUCGGCCGCUCCGUCAGCGAGAAUUGUUUGAAAUUGUACUGGAAACUGUCGUGGACCAAUGGAACGGCAGCAUAGAAAUCGGGGUGACCGGAAUCCGUCCGGAUGAGCUGAGUCUACCGAGCACGGCCACCGAUUUGGAGCACGAUACUAUUAUGAUCUCUGGAACUACUCUGAUGCGAAAUGGAGUUACAAUUCGGAAUGACCUUCCAUUCGAUUUGGAUACUUUAACUACCGGCUCACGAGUUGGCGUUAUGCGCAAUGCAGAUAACAUUCAUUUCUUCAUCAACGGGGUCGAUCAAGGGCCGUACUACGAAUGCAAGGCACCGAACUUGUACGCGGUCAUUGAUUUGUACGGCCAGUGUGCUCAGGUCAGCAUUACCACGCCACACCCGGACAUUCGGGCACCGUACGCUAUCAGCGAAAAUUCCCAGAGCCUGCAAGCGACUUCCGUUAUUCAACCGGCUCUCGAAGCGAAGCAUCGUUGGUCAUGCAUUUCCGGAAAUGUCACCUUAAUGCAAAAUUGGACUUUGGCGUCACGUUGUACGAACGCAGCUCUUUCUCAUUGCUUGGUAUUCUCCGAACGACCACUUGUCGUUGGAGAAACCUUCGAAAUAAAGAUUACCGAGGUGAACCCUCUGUAUGCCGGAAGCUUAAAAAUCGGAGUGACAGACUUGAAUCUUUCGGAUGAACAUGUCCGCAAAAACAUUCCCAUCAGUAUGAAGCGCAUUCCGGCCAACGUCUGGUACGCCAGCGGAAACGAGGUGCGUUACAAUUCCAGCCUGCUGCAGAAAUCUCUUGCUUCGUUGGACUGGCUGAGAGUUGGUGAUCGCAUUGCUAUUGAAUUAACCGCGUCGCGUACCUUGAAGAUUCUACUAAAUUCCGAGGACAUGAACAUCAGUUUUCAAAACGUCUCGGAAGAUAUAUUUGCCGUAGUCGAGCUCAUGGGUUCGACAAUGGCCGUCCAGGUGAUUUCUUCACAAGGACCCUCAUCCCCACUUCGACCAUGCAGCCUUCGACUCCAGGAUUCACUCGAGCUUGGGCUGGAUCCUCUGAACAAGCAAGAUUCAAUGCUGGAAUCGAUCGAUUCUGACAGUUUGUCGUUUGAAUUUUCCGAAUGUCAUGGUAAAAACAUUCAACUCUUCGACGACAAGAAGUCGGCUUCCAGGGUUCAAUCUUACCAUCAGGGAGUCGUCUGUCUCUCCAAACCCUUAUGCAAAGGUCACAGCAUCAGUAUAAAAAUAACCCAAGUGAAUCCCAAAUGGAAGGGAACAAUAGCCGUAGGUGCUUUGGGUGUAUGUCCUGGAACUCAUCAAUUCCCUUUCCCAACAUCGGCUAUUCUGUUCCGGAGACCAUGCUGGAUUGCCACUCAUGACUACAUAAACAUCAAUGGCAACAAGACUCAAUCCAAAUACGCGGAAAUCUUCGAACAAAUUCAGGUGGGAACGAUCAUCACCAUGACGCUGACCCACGCCGGAAAUUUGAGCAUCGCCUUCGGCCAGACUCAGCUGGAUGAUUUGGCUGCCGGGCUGCCCCAUCACAUUUAUCCGGUGUUCGACGUGUACGGAAAAUGCGAAAAGAUCUCAAUCGUGAAUGGCGAUGCUAAGGGCGGAAGUCCGAUCAAUGAGGAAUUAGCGGCAAUGCCAGCGGGUGCUGUUGGCACCGGUAUUUCCGGCGCUUUGGCUAGCGAAGUGGAAAACGUACCCCAGUGUGAAAAAGCUGACUUGGAGGUGCACGAGAAGGAGACGGAUGCGGCAGCGGCUUGCGCGUCCAAUCCUGGACCAUCGGCAAUGAGUCGAUCUGUGAUGGACAGUGUUUCGGAAAACUUGUUGAUGAACAUUUCAAUCAAGAAUCGUACGGCGAACGAGGCGCGAAAUCAAGAUCUAUCCAAUUCUUGUUGCCUGCGGGACUCCCUUCAAUUGCAACAUUCCACGAAUCUCAACAUUCAGCGUAGCCAAAGCACGCACCGGUUCAAUGCCCUACAAGGUAGCUUCGAUAGCAAUCGCGGAGGCGAACUCUCACAAUCCGCCAACUGUGACGAAGGCUUCGAAGACUAUCGUUCCAGCACCAACAGUAACGGACAGGUAAACACAAAUGCCAAUUCGGCGGCAGCUAGCCAGACAGCUCCAGACAACAACACUGAUCCGAACUAUCUGGAAGAUGUCGAUAGCAUCAUAGAUUUCAGUAUUCAGCUCAAUGAGUCCGAGGUAGAGGAAGAUAGCAACACUAUUGCGAACAAUCGCGCCAAGUUAGGACUCCCAUUGCAGGCAUCCUGUUCGACGGCUCCGGAGCAUCAACCGCCGCCAAUGCAGUCCUCCACGGGAACCAGCACUUUGGCAAGUCGUCGCGCUACGAUCGUGGAAUUUGCGGACGAUCAUAUGCGUUCAUCUCGCACGAAUUCCGUUUCCUCGUCGUCCAUGCUGAGUGUGGUCGAAAAUAAGGAUUGCGACUAUCUAAAACUGGUGAUGGGAUUCAAGCGCACCUUGAUGCUUCCGGAAGUAUUCUUCGCAGGAGACAGUUUCAGUUGUUUCUGCGAAGGAUGUGCUCCGGCACUGCAGAAUUCAAUGGUUAAGGGAUGGGUUCGGUUCAAGCUUAAUCAAACGCUGAGCAGUGCUUGCGCGGUCAAUACGGCAGACGAUUCCGUUUGGACCACGGCCUAUUACAAUGCGAGAGUGGAAAAGAUCCGUUCGGUGUUGGAUCAUGGUCAACCAUUACCUAUUGAAUCUUGCCAGUUCCUGCCGGAUGGCUCUACGGUUGGUGAUCACUUCGUGCCCGGAACACACAUUCUGCUGCAAUCAUCACCGGAUUCGAGUGAACGUUCGCAACGGUCAUCGUUCCAUCGUUACAUGGCCAACAGCGUUUGCUAUCGCAUUUGCGCUACCUUUGAGGUACGUGUUCGGUCACAAUCCCUUUCGGCUAUAGACUUUGGUGAAGCAACCGUGACUGGAGCAGUAUCUAGUAGUGAAUCAUCCACCAAUGUAAAUGGGUUGCGGUACUGGACCACCAAAGAGGCCGAUGCUUGCGUCCUAACGGCACUGAUGGUAUUACUUACUCCGGUUUAGAGCGACUGGUGGAAGCUUCACAGACUUACGAGACGUAUUAGACUGCUUGUUUAAUGGGUAAAAUAUCGCUUUAGAUCUGAUAUAAUCAUGUAAUCCUAAUGUUGUGUGCAAUUCUACUCGUACUAAAAGAUUUGCUUCAAA